AUGGUGAACAAAUUGCAUGGAAUAGUGUUGUGUUUAUUGGUGUCAACUCUUUUGGUUUCUGCGGUAUCAUUUGCAUCAAGUGAUGGUCUCAGAAGAAUUGGAUUGAAAAAGAUUAAAUUUGACCCUAACUAUAAGCUUGCUGCUCGAGUUAGAUCCAAAGAUGCUGAGUUUUUCGGUAAAAAGUAUAAUGGCAUAAACAAUUUGCUUCAUUCCGAACAAGCUGAUGUUGUUGCGUUGAAGAAUUACCUAGAUGCUCAGUACUAUGGUGAAAUAUUUAUUGGAACAUCUCCUCAGAAGUUUACCGUUGUUUUUGAUACUGGUAGCUCUAAUUUGUGGGUUCCCUCUUCCAAAUGUGCCUUCUCGGUUGCAUGCUACUUCCAUGCCAAGUACAGGUCAACCAAAUCAAAUACUUAUAAGAAAAAUGGGACUGCUGCUGCAAUUCAUUAUGGUACUGGGGCAAUUUCUGGCUUCUUUAGCUAUGACAAUGUCAAAGUUGGUGACAUAGUUGUCAAAAAUCAGGAAUUUAUUGAAGCAACUAAGGAGCCCGGUGUUACCUUUUUGGUGGCCAAGUUUGAUGGUAUAUUGGGACUUGGAUUUCAAGAGAUAUCGGUUGGAAGUGCUGUUCCAGUGUGGUACAAUAUGGUUGAACAAGGUCUUAUUCAAGAAUCAGUAUUUUCAUUUUGGUUCAACCGUAAACCAGAGGAAGAGGAAGGGGGUGAGAUUGUUUUUGGUGGUGUUGAUCCUGCUCACUACAAGGGAAAUCACACUUAUGUUCCUGUGACAAGAAAAGGAUAUUGGCAGUUUGAUAUGGAAGAUGUAAUUAUUGAUGGUAAUUCCACUGGCGUUUGUGCUGAUGGCUGUUCAGCCAUUGCUGACUCGGGGACUUCUUUGUUAGCAGGUCCAACGACUGUAAUUACCAUGAUAAACCAUGCAAUUGGAGCAUCUGGAGUUGUAAGCAAAGAGUGCAAGACCAUUGUUGCAGAGUAUGGUCAAACAAUAUUGGACCUGCUUUUAUCUGAAGCACAGCCGAAGAAGAUCUGUUCCCAAAUUGGAUUGUGCGCUUUUGAUGGCACUCGUGGUGUUACUUUGGGUAUCAAGAGUGUAGUAGAAGAGAAUGAAAGAAAAUCAUCUGGUGGUUUUCACACUGCUACUUGUUCUGCCUGUGAGAUGGCAGUUGUUUGGAUGCAGAACCAGCUGAAGCAAAACAAGACCCAAGACCAGAUACUAACCUAUAUCAAUAAUCUUUGUGAUAAAAUGCCUAGCCCAAUGGGAGAAUCGGCUGUUGAUUGUGAGAAUAUCUCUUCCUUGCCUGUAGUUUCCUUCACAAUUGGUGGACGAACUUUUGACCUUGCCCCAGAGGAGUACAUACUUAAGGUGGGAGAAGGUCCUGCAGCUCAGUGCAUUAGCGGCUUUAUUGCUCUAGAUGUUCCUCCUCCACGAGGCCCUCUCUGGAUCCUUGGAGAUAUCUUCAUGGGGCGUUACCACACAGUCUUUGAUUUUGGUAAUUUAAGAGUCGGAUUUGCUGAUGCGGCUUAA